AUGAGACGAGUUCUGCAGGUCCUUGCUUGUUGCCUUAUUUGCCCCCUAAUCGUCUCCGCAGAAGCUGAUCCGAAGUACAACGCAUCUUUUCCAUUCCGACCGAGCAAUGUGACAGGACUGACUGAACUCUACCUUUGGGUUGGAUCAUAUUACAAUGCCACAACGAAGAUAGAGUUCACACCUAAGAUCGGAUCGACAACCAACACAUCGGUAUGCAAAAAUCUCCAAGGCCAAACGUUCACUGCGGAGUUUCAAUCGUUCCUCGCUAUUACCGAAAGAGGUCCUUACAAUGCCGGCUCAAACCCAGUAAAUGCGCUUUUGACCCUCUGGAACUCAGGCACAAAUCUUUCAUCGCUCUCAAGCUCCACCACCACGUUUCCAUGGACCUCAUCAUCCCUUCGAUGGUAUCUCGAAUCUGCCCCUUGGGUACUCUAUGCAACUAAUACCACGACCGAAAGCGACUCGCCCACCGCCCUCCAUGAUAUCUUCAACUUGACCUUAUCGCCUCGCGCCAAGGAAGCUCCAUAUAAUCUGACAGGCAUCAUCAAGAAUGCAGACGCAAGGCUGGAUACCUUCGAUUUGGAUCUAAGAUCUUGCAAUACUUCCAUUGAAAGCAGCCAAAAUUAUAUGUCGCUCAUUGAUCGCGACUGGUCUAACAAUGCUGGUUGGAACUGGACAUAUCCAUCAGUUGACCUACAAUUUGACAGCCAAACAGCAAAUUUUACUGUGAAUGGAUAUGCCGCUGCCUUUCCGUAUUGGCUUUCCUCUACUGCAAGUGGCGAACAUAGACAAUUAGGCCCGGAUGAGGUACAGGGAACAAUAAAGAUUUCCUUCUUCGGGGUUAUCGACCCCUACCAUUCCGAUACCCUGGUAAACACCAGCACGACGCCUACUUGGCUGAGAACGGUGGGAUUUGGAAACAAUUCCAUGAACAUCGGCUACGAUAGUGGGGCUCUUGGCUGGCCUCGUGCAUCGCAUUGGGAGGCCACUAAGCGUCACGGAACUGCUUGGUUCGGCAAGCUGGAUGCCAAGCCCCCGAAGGAAUGCACGGAACCCUGUGCCUCGUACCUGGGAUGCCAGAGUGUCAAUUUCCACCAGCGAACGAAGAAGUGCUACCUUGGAAAGCGUACUUCAAAGCCUACUCUUGACGCUCCGAGCUGGGCUACGGCUUAA